AUGGCUGGGUCAGGUGGUAGUGAUCUUCGAGCUCCAGUAUUCAAUGGUGAUAACUAUGAAUUUUGGAAGAUCCGAAUGAGAAAUAUCUUUAAGUCGCAUGGAAUCUGGGAUCUAGUUGAAAAGGGUCUUGGGAUUUCAGAAUCGAAAGGGAAGAAGGUUGAUGAAGAAGGGUCAUCGGAGUCAGAGAAGGUGUCUUUGUUAAUGAAGGAUGCUAAGGCACUUGGUAUUAUCUAA